AUGGGGCGAAAAAAUAAGUAUAAGGCAGAUGGACCCCUGGCUACCGCCAAUAUCGGUGAUCUUUUAUGGAGGCCGCAGUCUGCCCUGAAGCCUGUCAUGGCGCCCAUCUCGGACGGGCUAUCUCGCUCAAAUAGCGAGGACUCCCUGGCUGAUGAGGGAGAGAUGCCAUCACCGGUCGGGAGGAGACCCGAAGCCCAAGCAGAGGGCCCACCCGUGAUGGAGCGCACCCUGAAAACCCUGCUAGAGGACUUCCGGCGCAAUAUAGCUGCUGACAUUACCCUAUUCAAGGAGGAAAUAAGAGGGGCAUUGGUGCGUCUGCAUGACUCUGAAGUCACCACUGCAGCCCACGACGCCCACAUUGCCAACCUGGAGCAGGAGCUCA